UGUAUUUGUUUGCUGUUGUCAAUAAUUUAAGAUGGAGGAUAAAAAUCCAAGUGGAACCUGUGAACUGACAGAUGAUAGAGAUGAAGAAUAUGAUCGAUUAGAAUUCGAGACGAUUGAACGCAUUAAUCGUGGUCUGAACAGUCUACGAUACAUCUCAUCAACCGGUGACGAGAACAGUCUGGAACAUCUCCUGGAAUUAUCGGAAUUAUCAGAAUUUGAAAGUCCAGAUGAAGACACUAUAGAAUUCGUCGAGUCAUUCGUAACAGACCCAGGAGAACAAAAAUUGCUAAUCGAAGAGGACGACGACUUCCUGACGGAAAUCGAGAAUACAGGAGAUGAUAGUCUGAGUUGUUCCCAAAAGAUAAAUCCCCUCGAGGAAGUUAAAAAAUCAUCAGAAGCUCUAUCAGCCAUCGAAAGUGCCACCUCACACCAUGAACACUCAGAAAUCCAAAGUGAAUCUUCACCAGGACAAUCAAAAUACUUCUUCUCCAAUUUAUUCAGCACCAGGAGAGACUCGACGUCAUCAUCUGCAUCAUCGUCCGAUGGAAAAAAAACGUAUCUCUCUCGUUUAUUCAAACGUAAGAAGUCAGAGCCAGCGAGUCCAGUGUCGAACGAUUCAAUUCCAUCAUGCAACUCUGAAAAUGACGUACAAGAAGUGGAAUCAUCUCAUCUCACUGUUGCAGAACAAUUGAUCCAAGAUACCGAAGCUCAGGGUCCAGCAGGAACUCCUCACUUAAGUUCAUUAGCAAGAGUGGUUGGUCGUCCGAUCCUGGCUUUUUCAUCAUCCAUGUCCCUUCGUCAUCGUGCUGGAAGAGAUAUGAAAGGUCCCCCUGUAAACAUCCAAUUCCAUUCAGCCAGACCAGGAAUGGCUACCGGUCACUGGACCCUUCUGGAGAAUUGUGAUCCAGAAGGAAUUCCAGCGGUUCUUAAUAAUUGUCUUUUCAACGUCGUCUGCGCUCAAACAUCACGAAAACCCUCCGACCUGCGUAAAGAGACAAUCAGAGAGAUGCGAAAGCACAUGAGAAGUCUUGCCAGGAGGAUUCAGGUGAUGCUGGAGCGGGAGGAGUGUGAGGGACUUAUCGUGUUAAUCGGUGGAGCUUCUUAUUCAGGAAGAUCGACAGAAGAUGCUAGAAGGGUCAUCGAUGAUUCUCAAUCGGGGAGAUGUCACCCUGGGCAUCAGCAGGGGCAUCCUCGAGGACAUGCUUCGUAUCCAGGCGCCACUGGACAAACAGAAAGUGCGGAAAAUUACUCGAGAAAUGGAUGGAAGACUGGGUUUCUCUCCAGACAUGAUCAAGAUGAUGUUGGGCAUAUGGCCCUGUCUACACGAGUAGCUCAAAGAGCUAUGGGGUCUCUUAAUCAAGGAUCUGAGAGUCAGGCUGUGCAUAUAAGUCCUAGUGAAUUGAGUGGAUCUCUGCCACAAGCUGCAGAGUUUUCGAAUGGCCAGCAGGGACCACCCAGACCAAUUAAGCAAUUGGUAUUGGUACUUAGGCAUCAUGCGGGUCGGGCUAAUGAUCCUGAUUACCAAGUUUUUGUUCAUACCUUUUAUCCUAAGGUGACGUGAUCUGAAAGAAAUAAUUAAACUCUGGUUAAUCUGAAGUUGAUUUUGAGGCUCUCAUUUUAACAGAUAUCGAGAGAAUUUUAAUUAAAUUAAUAAACAUUUUUGACAUUUUUUUUUAAUUAUUUUUUUAAUUGGGAGAUCUCACAUUUUAAUUACUGGAGUAAAAGUUACUGUGUAAUUAAACGAUUUCAACGCCAAAUUUUGUUUGUAGUAUAAAUAUUUUUGAAGAGAAAGUGCAGAAUAAAAAUAAUUAAAUAACUGUUACGUAUUUUAACGAUGCAAAGUAUAUAGGAGGAAACAGAAUAGGUGACGAUUUUUGGUUGAUAUAUUCGAACGUUUUUCGAUCCAUUGAUGAAUUUUGGAUUAAAAUCGUUUAAGGCUAGUAAUUACCAGACCAGUAAUUGAAAUAGAAAAUUUAUCUCAAUCAAGAAUUUUUUUCUGUAGCCAAAUGUCUAGAAACGCAGAUAUAAAAUAUAAAAUUUUGAGGAGGAAUUCCUGUUAAUAUUUUGGGGAAUGAACCAUAAACAUAGCAAAUUCUGAUUAUUUUUUAUA